AAAACGGGCCACGACAUGAAGCGCCAGCGCCCAGCCGACGCCGAGACGUCAUUGCUCUGCAUCUUCGUCUUCCUCGACGUCUCGUCGCUCUCUCGUGCGGCGCUCGUGGCUACAGGCUGGGCGAGCGCCGUCCGCUGUCUCCAUGCGCAGCGUCGCGCCGACCUCUCGAGUGGCAGCGAGCCGCGGCCGGUGAUGGUGCGUGGCGCCGCCGGGUACCCACACGGCUUUGCGUACCGCGCUUCGACGCGUCUACCUGCUGCAUACGACUGGCCGAUGGAUGCAACACGGACAGUCGACGUCUACGUGACCAAGCACGCAGCGAAAGGCUGGGCGCUCCAUGCCGCAUCCCCGAUUUCGCCCGGCGCUUACCUCGGCGAGUACGCUGGCGACUUCGUGCGCACAAGCGACAUGAACCGCGCGUCGACGUACAUUGUGAGCGUCCGCGAAGAGGCGACCGACUGCGUGCUGCGCACCAACGUUGACGCCGGCCGCGUCGGCAACUACACGCGCUUCAUCAACCACGCGUGCUCGCCCAAUGCAGUUCUAGACACAUAUCGCCGAGACGAUCGGCGCUGCGUGCUGCCUCGGCUCCAGGUUCGUGCGCUGCGACCUAUUGAAAGGGACGACGAAAUCACGAUCGACUAUGGCGUUGCCAGCGGCGUGGGCCACGCGCCGUGCCACUGCGGCAGCGCCAACUGCGUCGGCCGCCUCCCAUUCGACGCAAGCCUGUAGCACAGUGUUGUCAUCCCAGCUUCAGACAGGCGACGAUGAGCUUGCAUACAGUGUAAGGGUCAAUACACUGUUUAUUGGCCCU